AUGCAUUCGCUCACCAGGUCACUCAUCUCCUUAUCCCUGCUAUCAAGCACAUCCCAUGCCCAAAGUUUCGCUCGUGUCUGGACACACUUCUACCCAAACUGCCCCGGAGAAGCAUUCAGCAAACUCGACACAUAUGAAAACUACCAAGAAUCCACCCCAUCCCAAGACAUCACCGUCGACAGUUGCAAAAACUUCGCCGUCCCCUCCUACGAGCACAACCUCGUCAGCGCCAUCUCCGUCGAUGCAGAGCUUCUCUUCCACAACCACGACCUCCCCUUCUCAGAAGGCGGUAGUGGCUGCAACAUUACCGUACACGAGGUCCCGGGUUGCAUCGACCCACCCCUCAUCAACAAAGAGAUACGAAAUGGCGUGGAAAUCAGCCAGUGCGAGCCACGCCAGUUAGUCGCUUAUAGCCAGGUCUGGGUGAAUCUUGUUUGUGACAGCGAUAGCCCUCUCCACAGCCAGGACAUCCCAACAAAGCAGAACAAGGAAGCAAAUACCAAGCAGAUCACGCCUACUGUCCAGCCCGAUGUGCCUGUACGUGUGGAGAAACAGACUUUCGUGGAGAAUAUCAAUAAUAUCCAGACUCCUGGGUCGAACUCGGAUUCUUGGGGUUCGACCCAGGUUCCGCAGAACCAGCGUGAGCCCGUGCAGGAGGGUCAGGUCAAUAAUGCUGGUCAUGGGGAGAGCGACCGGAUCGUUCAUCAGAUGAUGGAGUUGUUGAAUAAUGAGACUUCGUAUAUCGUCUCUGGCAAACAUCACGACAACGAUACCCGCUUGGAUGUAGCGCUGCAUAAUAAUGGCACUGCCCGGGGAAAUCACACAGUGCUAUCACGUCGGCACAUGUCUAAUUUGCGAAACAGGGAUGUUCGUUUUGUUUAG